AUGAGUGAAACUCCUACUGAUCCUACCCGUCAAUUAAUUACUGAAUGGAUGCAUCAAGAAAAAUACAAUCAUAAAGAAGAAAACAAACGUAAAUUUUAUGCUAAUCUAGCUCAUGCAAAAGGUGUUUUAAAAGUAGCUGGAGCUGAUUUCAAAGUAAAUGAAGAAACAAGAAAAUGGGUAUCAGGAUAUUUAGCAGCUAUGGGUGUACAAGAUGAAAUAUUAAAUUUAGCUGAUAAAUAUAAACCAAAUAUAGAAGAUGGUACUGUUCCAUAUCAUUCAAAAAGUGGUCUUGAGCAUGCUAAAUAUGGUCAAUUAUGGAUAUUUUUUGAUGGUUUUUGUGCUGCAUCAGCUGGUGGAGAAUUAACACCAGACAAAAUCACAGCUAUUUAUGCAUUAGCAAAAAAAAUGCUUAUUGAUGAACAAAAAAUUAAAGAAGUUCAACAAUUAUUUGAACAUGAAAUGGAACUACGUAAGAAACGUUUAGAGAUUUUAUUUCCUAAUGGUAUAUAUGCCGCUAUUAAAGAAGUUGAAAUGGAACAAUGA